AUGGACAGCUGUGUGGCUUUCAUUCUUCUGUUGUCCACCAUCACACUCACCACAGCUAACAGUGUGAGGUUGAUGGAUGGUGGCAGUCGCUGUGCUGGGAGAGUGGAGGUUUUUCAUAGAGGACAGUGGGGAACAGUGUGUGAUGAUAACUGGGAUAUGACAGAUGCUGCAGUGGUGUGUAGAGAGCUGGGCUGUGGAGAGGCUGUAAAUGCACUGAGUGAUGCUCAUUUUGGACCAGGAUCAGGACCAAUCUGGAUGAGUAAUGUUGGCUGUAGUGGAUCAGAAUCUACAUUGAAGCACUGUAGAUCAGCAGGAUGGGAUAAACAUAACUGUGAUCAUUCUAAAGAUGCUGGAGUCGUCUGCUCAGGACACAUGUCCAGACUUGCUGAUGGUUUCCAUCUCUGCUCUGGGAGAGUGGAGGUGCUUCAUGGAGAGACCUGGUCCACAGUGUGUGAUGCCGACUUUGAUCAGCAGGAUGCAGAGGUUGUGUGUCAAGAGCUGGGCUGUGGGCUUCCUGUGGAGGUGCUGGGAGCAGCUGCUUUUGGCAGAGGGGAGGGUCAGGUGUGGUCAGAGGAACUUAAGUGUAGAGGCAAUGAAUCUCAGAUUUACUUCUGUCCAACAUCAUCUUCACACAACUGCACCCAUGACAAUGAUGUAGGCCUGGUGUGUGCUGGUCACACGCAAGCUCGGCUAGUGAACAGCUUGGACUCCUGUUCUGGCCGAGUGGAGCUCCAGUACCUCAGUGAGUGGGGCACUGUGUGUGAUGUAAGCUGGGAUAGGAGAGCUGCCAGAGUCCUCUGUGGUCAGCUGAAGUGUGGGAGUGCUGUGGCUGUUUUGGGAUCAGACUGGUUUGGGGAGGGGAGUGGCCAGAUCUGGGCUGAUGUGUUUGAUUGUCAGGGGAACGAAACACACCUGUCAAAAUGUCCCAUUUCAUCAUGGAGUCGAACUGCAUGCUCCCAUAAACAGGACGCUGGAGUAAUCUGCAGUGGUUCCUCUUUAGCGUUUCAUGAGGGGCAAGUGCGGUUGUCUGGAGGGUUGGAAUGUCAGGGGGAGGUGGAGGUGUACUUCAGGCAGGACUGGAGGAGAGUACUGCUGGACUCCUGGAGUGAGUCUGAGGCCUCUGUGGUCUGCAGACAGCUGGGCUGUGGCUCUGUGAUCAACCUCUCCAGCUCCUCUCCGUCCAGUCCUGAUCGCAGCCACAUGUGUGUGACGGGUUUCAAUUGUUCUUGUAGCGAAGCUCAUCUGGGGAACUGCAGCUGUGCACAAGUAAUCAACUGCAGCUCCAGAGAACAGCUUUCAAUCACCUGCUCUGGUAAAUUUAACCCAGAUUACAGCUCCAUCAGGCUGGUUGGUUCUGGGGGAGACUGUGCAGGAAGGCUGGAGGUUUUCCGCAGCGGCUCAUGGGGGACAGUGUGUGAUGACUUGUGGGAUAUUGAGGAUGCGCAGGUAGUGUGCAGACAGCUGCAGUGUGGAGUGGCCCUCAGUGCUCCGGUACCAGCCCGGUUUGGACCUGGAACUGGACCCAUCUGGCUGAAUGAGGUGGAGUGUGAGGGGAAUGAGACGUCCCUGUGGAACUGCAGAUUUCAGCUGUGUGGAGAAGAUGAAUGUGGACACAAGGACGACGUAGGAGUUGUGUGCUCAGAGUAUAAAGACAUCAGACUCAAUGAGGGCUGUGAGGGGAAUCUGGAAGUGUUCUACAAUGGAACCUGGGGUAAUGUGUGUGCAAAUGGGAUGGAUGCAGAAACUGCUAGUUUGAUUUGUCAAGAGCUGAACUGUGGACAAUCUGGCAGUGAAUCAUGGUUCAAAGCAAGAGUGGAAUCAGCUCCUAACUGGCUGGAUGAUCUAAAAUGUAGGAAACAUGACUCCACUCUGUGGCACUGUCCAUCUUCACCCUGGAGACAGAACAGUUGUGAUAACAGCAAUGAGGUUACUCACAUUACCUGCUCAGAAAAGAAAAAUGAUCAUGUGUUACGGAGCCAUGUGAAAUGCUCUUCAUUUCUCCAUCACAGACAGUGCUCAAAUCACCUGCCUCUCAGGCUGAGGGGAGGAAAGGCAAUCUGCUCUGGGAGGCUGGAGGUGUAUCAUAACUCUGAGUGGGGGUCUGUCUGUGAUGAUCUGUGGAACAUCAGGGACGCUCAGGUGGUCUGCAGGCAGCUGGGCUGUGGGCCGGCGCUGAGUGCUGAUGGGAGUGCUGUCUUUGGUGCUGGUGAAGGGCCUAUCUGGCUGAACAGGGUGAAGUGUAGAGGGAAUGAGAUUCACCUGUGGGACUGUCCUCAUUCCCUGAAGAACCACACUGACUGCUCCCACAGUCAGCACGCUGGAGUCACCUGUGCAGGUCUGCUGGUCAUAACAGCUGCCACAUCAAUCACCACUGUGCAUUAUACAGCAAAGAGAACAACCACUCCUCCACAAACUCUUCCACCAGCUGUUCCAUCCAUUUAUCCAGUGUCUCUCCUGGUUCUGGGAGUGGUGCUCUUCCUGGCCUUAGUGCUUCUGGUUGUGCUGUUUUACCAGAACAGAGUGCUCAGGAGAGUGCUCUCUAAGAGGAGGCGUAAGACUCUGACUGAGGCAGUCUAUGAGGAGAUCGACCGCAGAUACAACACUAAAAGAAAUUACUCAACUCAAAGAGGCCCUCCUCUGGGUCAGCCAUGCUACACAGAGGAUGAAGAUCCUCCACUGUUGGCUAGGCUGUAUCCAGAAUUGGAUGCGAUCCACUCUGAUGAAUCAGAAACCUCCUCCUCUGAUGAGGAUUCUGAACCUACUAGUGAUAAGGCAGUUCAGAUGAGACCAAUCACUAUUAGAUAUUCUGAGGUCCAUAAUAAGAGAGGAAGUAUCCUCUCUGAAGAACAGCAUUCAGGAUAUGAGGAUGUGGAUGAGGAGCUUCUCUCAGGUGAAUCAGCAAAAGAGGACACAGCAGAGAACUCUGAUGAUGUCAUCACUGCUGGACAGAACUCUGAGAGUGGAGCAGAAGACGUAGCAGAGAAUUAUGAUGAUGUCAUCACUGCUGAUCAGAGCUCAGCUGUUGUAACAGACAUGACAGAUAACUAUGAUGAUGCUGUUACUGCUGGACCAAACUCCAACAUUAUGACAGUGGACACACCAGAGAGCUAUGAUGAUGUCAUCACAGCUGAACAGGAUGUUGGAGGGGUAAAAGAUUAUGAUGACAUGGAGGAGGAGCUUCAGACAGAGAUGAAUCAUGUGACCGAGAGUCCAUAG